CCCACAUCUUCACAGGCUGAGGACGCCAUGGCGAGUAGGAGUGUUUUCAUCCUGGUGUUGGCGGCGCUGUCAGCAGGUGGCGCUGGCUCGGCGAGGGAAGACAGACGACGGCGGACGCUUUUUUCGUCGCUGUGGAAGUCAGGAGGGAUCUGUCGCAACGGAGGCACCUCCGUCCCGAGCCUGACGACGGGCCAGCACAUGUUCUGUUUGUGUCCCGAAGGUUUUGAAGGAACGUUCUGUGAGACAGCCACCGGUCCCGGGUGCUAUGAGGGCGUCGGUAUUUAUUACCGAGGCUUCCAAUCCAGAUCGGAGAGCGGUCGGACGUGUGAGGACUGGGACUUAGAGUCCAGGGAACGCUAUCUGACGUCGGACAUCAACGCUGGCAGACACAACUACUGCAGGAAUCUGCACUUCAAGCGGCGGCCGUGGUGUCGCGUGUGGAAGGACCAGCAGCUGCUGUGGGAAUAUUGUGACAUUCCUCGAUGUGAUGCUGGGUGGUUCAAGCCAGUGACGUCGCCCCCGCCGCCGCCCCCGCCGCCGCCCCCGCCGCCGCCCCCGCCGCCGCCCCCUAAGUCCACUGAGCCCCCUGAGCCAGCAGCGUGGACGUGUGGCCAGCCCUCCCGAAGGAAGCAGAUGAGGAUCGUGGGCGGGACCGUGGCCGCGGUGGAGUCGCACCCGUGGGUGGCAGCCAUCUUCUGGCGCAGCAGAUCCAAAGAGAAGAUGUUCCGUUGCGGGGGGAGUCUGAUCUCCAGCUGCUGGGUCCUCACCGCCGCCCACUGCUUCCCAGACGGUUCAAAAGCUAAAGAGAACCGGUUCCGGGUCACUCUGGGCAAGAGCGCCCUGAACGAGAGCGACGACGCCCUGGAGCAGACGUUCCGCGUGGAGAAGAUCAUCGUUCACGGUGGCUUUGACAACAAAGAAGGAAACUACAACAACGACAUCGCGCUCAUCAAGCUCAAGUCCAAACAAGGUGGUUGUGCACAGGAGAGUCACAGCGUCAAGACGGUCUGCCUUCCUCUCCCGGGUCAGAACCUCCCGCCGGGUUUCACCUGUCACAUCGCCGGCUUCGGCAAGGAGAAGCAAGGCUUGUGGUACCAUUCUCAGUACCUCCGUGAGGCGCGGGUGGACCUCCUGGCCGACAGCGUGUGUCGUCAAAGCGAUUACUACGGAAACAAGAUCAGCGACAACAUGUUGUGUGCGGCUCGGCCCGACUGGAGUCAAGACGCCUGCGAGGGGGACUCCGGGGGCCCGCUGGUGUGCCAAGUGGACCGCCGCUUCUUCCUGUUUGGGGUCAUAAGUUGGGGUGAAGGCUGUGCCAGGAAGCUGCGUCCUGGCGUUUACGCCCGAGUCAGCAACUACAACAGCUGGAUCCAGGAUAAAACCGGCCUGCCUCUCAAGUGACCACCAGGGCGGCGCCAUGUCAACCAGCUCAAUAUUCCUCUUUGCUCUUUUGUGUAUUCCAUGUAUUCCACUUCGAAAAGUUAAA